UUCUUUUGUGUAUAACAUCUCGCCGACUUCAUCUCAGUGAGAUCUCUGAAUUUAGUGUGUCCAACAGCUGACAAAAAGUCUGCUUUUGUCAACUAUUCGCUGACAAAAAGUCAUCAAUGAUUGAUUUAUUUCCUCCUCUCCCAAGAACUUUUUGUUCGCGGGACGGGGAGAGAGGUUGAAACCAGGAGGGCUGGGCAUCAAGGAGGAAAUCAGCCACAACGGGGUGGGAGUGAGGAGGACGGGAAAGCAUUGGGAUCACUACGGAAGCUCUGAGACUUUGGGGACGCUCCGCGCUCUUCCGGCUCCAGUCCGCUGCAGCCGCCCUUUAUGCUGCGGACACGGGAGAGUUAAGCCAAUAAACACGUAAGCGCCGCUCCCUCCCCAAUCGGCAAGAUGCCUCUUCGGCUCUAGGCUGCAUCGACAGCUUGCAACACUCGGCAUCUUUUCUGGAGGCGCCUCCUUCAGCGGCUGCAGAUGGCAUCCUGCUGUGGGCUCGGGGCUCGCAAUUGACUCCCUCCUUUGCCCACUUUCGGUCCUCGGACGCACCUCUCCCCUCCCCUCCUCCGCCUGGGUCAGAGCCCAGCUCUCGAACGCCGGGCGGAGGAAGCAGUCUCCGCGGCCGAGGCUGAGGCUAAGCAGCAGCGCGCUUGCUCCCUGAUUUGGGGAGAAGCGGCCAUCCGGGAGAGCCGACCCCCAGCUGCCUUCGGCGCCCCCCACCUUUUGCACCCCAAGCCAGGGGCUCCAGGGACCCCUCCUCCCCAGGCGCCACCAUGCUGGACCCUUCAUCCAGCGAAGAGGAAUCGGAUGAGAUCGUGGAGGAGGAGAGCGGCAAGGAGGUGCUCGGCUCGGCCGCGUCCGGCGCGCGCCUGUCUCCCAGCCGCACCAGCGAGGGCUCGGGCGGCGGCGCCGGGCUGGGGGGCGGCGGCGGGGUCGGCGCCGGGGCCGGGAUGGGCGCCGGCGGCGGCGGGGGCAGCGGCGCGAGCAGCGGCGGCGGGGCCGGGGGGCUGCAGCCUAGCAGCCGCGCCGGUGGCGGCCGACCCUCCAGCCCUAGCCCGUCGGUGGUGAGCGAGAAAGAGAAGGAGGAGUUGGAGCGGCUGCAGAAGGAAGAGGAGGAGAGGAAGAAGAGGCUGCAGCUCUAUGUGUUCGUGAUGCGCUGCAUCGCCUACCCCUUCAACGCCAAGCAACCCACCGACAUGGCUCGCCGGCAGCAGAAGAUCAGCAAACAACAGCUGCAGACAGUCAAGGACCGGUUUCAGGCUUUCCUCAAUGGGGAAACCCAAAUCGUGGCUGACGAAGCCUUUAUGAACGCUGUCCAGAGUUACUAUGAGGUGUUCCUGAAGAGCGACCGCGUGGCACGCAUGGUGCAGAGCGGCGGCUGCUCUGCCAACGACUCCCGAGAAGUCUUCAAGAAGCACAUUGAGAAGCGCGUGCGCAGUCUGCCGGAGAUCGACGGCCUCAGCAAGGAGACCGUGCUGAGCUCCUGGAUGGCCAAGUUUGAUGCCAUUUACCGCGGGGAGGAGGACCCCAGGAAGCAGCAGGCCCGGAUGACGGCCAGCGCCGCUUCCGAGCUGAUUCUGAGCAAAGAGCAACUCUACGAGAUGUUCCAGAACAUUCUUGGGAUCAAGAAGUUCGAGCAUCAGCUCCUGUACAAUGCUUGCCAGCUGGACAAUCCGGAUGAGCAAGCAGCCCAGAUCAGACGAGAGCUGGACGGCCGUCUCCAAAUGGCAGACCAAAUAGCCAGGGAACGCAAAUUUCCCAAGUUCGUAUCCAAAGAAAUGGAAAACAUGUACAUUGAGGAGCUGAAGUCAUCCGUCAACCUGCUCAUGGCUAAUUUGGAGAGCAUGCCAGUGUCCAAAGGCGGCGAGUUCAAGCUUCAGAAACUCAAACGCAGCCACAAUGCUUCCAUCAUUGACAUGGGUGAGGAGAGUGAGAACCAGCUGUCCAAAUCAGACGUCGUGCUGUCUUUCUCCUUGGAGGUGGUGAUCAUGGAAGUCCAAGGCCUCAAAUCCUUAGCCCCAAAUCGCAUUGUCUAUUGCACGAUGGAGGUGGAAGGAGGAGAGAAACUACAGACCGACCAGGCCGAGGCUUCAAAACCAACCUGGGGCACCCAGGGUGACUUCUCUACAACCCACGCACUGCCUGCUGUGAAGGUGAAGCUGUUCACGGAGAGCACGGGAGUCCUGGCCUUGGAGGACAAGGAGCUGGGACGGGUUAUUCUCCAUCCCACACCCAACAGCCCCAAACAGUCAGAGUGGCACAAAAUGACAGUCUCCAAAAACUGCCCCGAUCAAGACCUCAAAAUCAAACUCGCUGUCCGAAUGGACAAACCUCAGAAUAUGAAGCAUUCUGGGUAUUUAUGGGCCAUCGGUAAGAAUGUCUGGAAGAGAUGGAAGAAAAGAUUCUUUGUCUUAGUGCAGGUGAGUCAGUACACGUUUGCCAUGUGCAGUUACCGGGAGAAAAAAGCCGAGCCUCAGGAACUUCUCCAACUGGAUGGCUACACCGUGGAUUACACGGACCCCCAGCCAGGUUUGGAGGGUGGCCGAGCCUUCUUCAAUGCAGUCAAAGAAGGAGACACCGUGAUAUUUGCAAGUGAUGAUGAGCAAGAUCGCAUUCUCUGGGUCCAAGCCAUGUAUCGGGCCACUGGGCAGUCACACAAGCCUGUGCCCCCAACCCAAGUCCAGAAACUAAACGCCAAGGGAGGGAAUGUGCCUCAGCUGGAUGCCCCUAUCUCCCAAUUUUCUGGACUGAAGGACGCAGAUAGAGCUCAAAAACAUGGCAUGGAUGAAUUUAUCUCUUCCAACCCCUGUAACUUUGACCACGCUUCCCUCUUUGAGAUGGUACAACGCCUAACUUUGGAUCACAGACUUAAUGAUUCCUAUUCUUGCCUGGGCUGGUUCAGUCCUGGCCAGGUGUUUGUACUAGACGAGUACUGCGCCCGAAACGGAGUCCGAGGGUGUCACCGACAUCUGUGCUACCUCAGAGACUUGCUUGAACGGGCAGAAAACGGCGCCAUGAUCGACCCAACCCUCCUUCACUAUAGCUUCGCCUUCUGUGCAUCCCACGUCCACGGGAACAGUCAACAAAUGCAUGCGUACCUUGGUGGGCUGCCACCAAACACAGACCCUGAAGGGAGCAAAACUCCCUCCCCAUCUGAACCAGAGGCUAAAAAAGAUACCAAAAAGGAAUCCAAAAAAAGAAAAAAUCCCAAAACCCAGGCAAAUCCAGAGCCUAAAAGGCCUGAUGGAAUUGGAACUGUGACUGUUGAAGAAAAGGAACGUUUUGAAGAAAUCAAGGAAAGGCUCCGAGUUCUGUUGGAAAAUCAGAUUACACAUUUUAGGUAUUGCUUUCCAUUUGGUCGACCUGAAGGUGCUUUGAAAGCUACCCUCUCACUCUUAGAAAGGGUCUUGAUGAAAGACAUUGUAACCCCAGUGCCACAAGAGGAGGUAAAAGCAGUCAUCCGUAAAUGUCUAGAGCAAGCUGCUUUAGUCAACUAUUCUCGACUGUCAGAGUAUGCCAAAAUCGAAGGGAAAAAGAGAGAAAUGUAUGAGCAUCCUGUCUUCUGCUUGGCCUCCCAAGUGAUGGAUUUAACCAUUCCUCCCCCGCCACCUCCUGGGCCUCCUCCACCCACCCAAACGCAGACCAGCAUGUUAUAUCAGAGGCUCAAAGGCAUGCCUAGGCCAAAACCAAAAAAUGUAGGCCGGUUAAUCACUCCUGCCAAAAAGCUGGAAGAUACAAUACGUCUUGCUGAACUAGUCAUUGAAGUUCUUCAGCAGAACGAAGAGCACCACGCAGAGGGGAAAGAGCCACAUGUUGAUAAAGGAGAAGCCUUCGCAUGGUGGUCAGACUUGAUGGUGGAACAUGCCGAGACGUUCCUGUCACUCUUUGCAGUGGACAUGGAUGCAGCGUUGGAAGUGCAGCCUCCAGACACGUGGGACAGUUUCCCACUGUUUCAGCUGCUGAAUGAUUUUCUCCGGACUGAUUAUAAUUUGUGCAAUGGAAAAUUUCACAGACACCUGCAAGACCUGUUUGCCCCACUUGUGGUUAGAUAUGUGGAUUUGAUGGAGUCCUCAAUUGCACAAUCCAUUCACAGGGGCUUUGAGCGGGAGUCAUGGGAACCAGUCAAGAGUUUAACCAGUAAUCUACCCAAUGUGAACCUACCCAAUGUGAACCUUCCCAAAGUACCAAAUCUACCAGUUAACAUCCCUCUAGGCAUCCCACAAAUGCCUACUUUUUCGGCACCGUCAUGGAUGGCUGCUAUAUAUGAUGCUGAUAAUGGAUCAGGCACUUCAGAAGAUCUGUUCUGGAAACUCGAUGCCCUGCAGACCUUCAUUCGGGAUUUGCACUGGCCCGAAGAAGAGUUUGGAAAGCACCUGGAACAACGGCUGAAGCUGAUGGCAAGUGACAUGAUCGAAUCUUGUGUCAAAAGAACCAGGAUUGCAUUUGAAGUUAAGCUGCAAAAAACCAGUCGAUCAACAGAUUUCCGAGUCCCACAGUCAAUAUGCACCAUGUUUAAUGUUAUGGUUGAUGCCAAAGCUCAAUCAACAAAACUUUGCAGCAUGGAAAUGGGCCAAGAGUUUGCUAAAGAGUGGCAUCAAUACCAUUCAAAAAUAGACGAACUAAUUGAAGAAACUGUUAAAGAAAUGAUAACACUCUUGGUUGCAAAGUUCGUUACAAUCCUGGAAGGAGUCCUUGCAAAAUUGUCCAGAUAUGAUGAGGGGACUUUGUUUUCUUCUUUUUUGUCAUUUACCGUGAAGGCAGCUUCCAAAUACGUGGAUGUGCCUAAACCUGGGAUGGACGUGGCCGAUGCGUACGUGACUUUCGUCCGCCACUCUCAGGAUGUCCUUCGUGAUAAGGUCAAUGAGGAGAUGUAUAUAGAAAGGUUAUUUGAUCAAUGGUACAACAGCUCCAUGAACGUGAUCUGUACCUGGCUGACGGACCGGAUGGACUUACAGCUUCACAUUUAUCAGUUGAAAACUCUAAUUAGGAUGGUCAAGAAAACCUAUAGAGAUUUCCGAUUGCAAGGAGUCCUGGACUCAACCUUAAACAGCAAGACCUACGAAACCAUCCGGAACCGUCUCACUGUGGAGGAGGCCACAGCGUCUGUGAGCGAGGGUGGGGGCCUGCAGGGGAUCAGCAUGAAGGACAGCGACGAGGAAGAUGAAGAGGACGAUUAGAAUGCUCAGGCUCAGGGUCCGUUAGGACAGAGUCUUGUAAUCAAUGCAUGUCCUUAGUCUGUUAGUUAACCCCAUUAGGGAAUUUUCUGUCGACUCCCAUGCCCAUGAGAUGUGUACCGAGACAAUUGCCAUUUUAGGUAUGUGGUACCCAGAUUAGUAAAUGACCUUUCAAAUACCAUUUUGGAGAAUACAUAGCUCAAUUGCUAGGUGUACCCCUGUGUACAGCAGAGUCCGGUGAUGCUUCAUUAAUGUGCUGUGUGUGCACGUUGACAGUAAAUGGAUAUGAGGGCGAGUAUGCCAAGCACCUUCUUUAUUUCCCGUAUGUGGAUGCCAGUUAUUUAAAUGAGUACAAUAAAUGAAUUUAAGACAAAUAGAUCUGCUUUGUUUUUUGAAAAACAAAAGGCAAGUCUCCAACAACCAACUUUUGGUUCCUUCUCUUCCCCUGAAACUGAAAAAAAUGAACCCUUGGCGUCCUUGUUAACCCAUACUGUCAUUUAUCCAGAUAAUUACCCAAAAAAGGAUGGCUACAUACCAAUGGAUUGAUCCUCCUAAUUGCCAUGGCACGAACG